UCGUCUCCGGUGGCCUAACUUGACUGACGGCGGUGGUUUCCUCCUCCCGUCCAUCAAAUGAUGUUUGACAUUUGGAGGGCUACCGCUACCCGCACUGUUUAGUUAGCAAGUUGUUACGGCUCGUCCGUAACCAUGUGCUUUUAGUUUAAGUAGAUAGCCGGCUAGUUUGCCGGCUUCAAUGGGUUUUCGACUGAAAAGAUGAUCGCCUCACUUUCUCGGGGAAGUUUGCUUGAUGAGGUGCUGCACGGAGGCUUUAACGAGCAGCAAUUGGCCACCUACAUCUCCUGGGUGAACGCCCAGCUCAAGAGGAAACCUGGGCUAAAUCCCAUCACUGACCUUCGGAGGGAUCUGCAGGAUGGAGUGGUUCUUGUUCAACUCAUAGAGAUUGUUGCUGGGGAAGUACUUGAGGACAUUUAUGUAACUCCUCAAAGCAAAGAAGAAAGCAGGAAAAAUGUGGAGCAAGUGCUGCAGUUCAUUUCCUCCAGACAUAUACGCAUGCCUCACAUCUCCGCGAGAGACAUUGUUGAUGGUAACCUGAAAUCCGUGAUGAGGAUUAUUCUGGCGCUUGCUGCCCACUUCAAGCCCUCAGCCAAUCAGAGAGCUCCCUCGGGAACCGGGAGGGGUUCAACAGCAGGCGCCCCCUGCCAUAACCCUCUUUCCACCGUGGCAUUGGCACAAGGUGCCGCUGCCACCUUAGCAUCAGCCCGUUACGACGCCUCACUUCCUGCAAGUGUGUCACGCAUUCACAGUUGCUGGAGGUCAGAUGUUGACAAGAGCGUGUGUGUUCGUGCACUGGUGAAGCAGUAUGAGAGAGGGACUCCAGAUGAGCAGAGCAACAGUGUCCACUCAAGUAGUCCUUUACCAUCUCCUAGAACUCCACCCUGUACCGAAGCAGGCAGCCAGGAAGAAGACGCAACACAGUUAGAGAACAGAGUUGAGUCCUCUGUUCCGGUAGAAGAGACGACAUUGGAGGAUUCAAUAAGUGAAACUUUGGAGAAAGAGGUGGAGGAGACGCGCAAAAUGGUGUCCGCUUUGCAGGCCCUGCUGCUGCAAGGUUCACUGCCCGAGGACGAGCAAGAUCUGUCUUUGAGUUUGGAUGAAGGUCAUCCUGAGCAGCAGCUGGUAGUCAUCCGCAGCCGUUUGGAUCAGAGUAUGGAGGAGUCUCGGGAGCUGAAGAGGGAACUUUUGAGCUGUAAACAAGAGAUGAGAAACCUGCAAGGAAUCAAGGAAGCUCAGCAACGUCGACUCUGCACUCAGGAGGCGUCCAUCCUUCAGAUGAAGCAAGAGCUUCUCCGAGCAAGCAUGGCUAAAGAUGAACUUAACAAUCAGAAGACUGAGCUACAGUGGAAGCUGGAGGAAUGCAACCGAAUGUGGAGUGACUGCAAGAAGGAAAACGGGCAGAAGGACAGACUUCUCCAACAGCUCAGACAAAAUCUUGAAGAAAGCCAAAAGCAGCAGAGUGAGUUACAAAAAGAGCUGGACCAUAAAAACAGCAUGACGCAGGAAGUGAUUAAUAGAGAUCUACAACAGUUUUCUCAGAUACACCCAUGUGCUGAAAACAAUGGCUAUUAUUACUCCGGAAAUACGGCUUCCUUCAUAUCAAGUGCUGAGGAGGUGCAGCUGCUCAGAGACGCACUCCGAAGUUUGAGAAAUGACUUAAGAGUUCACGACCCGCAGCACCACACACUGGACACCCUGGAGCAGGGCAUUGUGUCGCUCAUUGAUAGACUACAUGCUGUCUAUACACAUAGGGUUAGAGGGAAAUCUCCCAGACGUAAAGGACAAAACAAUGAUUGCGACUCUUGGCCAAAGGCUUGCCAAUCUAGCAGCACUGCCACCUCCUCCACUAAGAUCCUGUACUUCACUGGAAGAUCCCCCACACCUUCUAUGAUCAGCAUACCCAAAAGGCUGGGAGAGGUGACUCUCAGAGAUGUGAAGGCAGCUGUGGAUCAAGAGGGGAACUACAGAUACCACUUUAAAGCCUUGGACCCGGAAUUUGGUACCGUGAAAGAAGAGGUUUUCUUAGAUGGAGCCAUCGUUCCUGGUUGGGAAGGCAAAAUUGUGACCUGGGUGGAGGAAGACCAUGGUGAAGACAGACAUUGAUAAGACAGCCAUAAAUUCGGAAGCUGAAACAAGAGGAUUUAAGAUUCAAGUUCUUCAAACAUUCAGCAGUCAAGAGAUUGGAGUUUUUAUGCUGGACUAUAGAACUCAGUGCCUUGCCACGUUAUGCUUGAUUUUGCCAGGCAUUAACUGCAAUCUAGAAACCUGUAUUUUAUAUAAUGUUUAUACUAAUGUCCAUGUUUAGAAGUUUUUGGAAUCAUCUUGAGUCAUUGAUCACUGUAGUCUUUAAAGCCACUUUUAAAUGCAUUCUGUCCUUAAUCCUGCAACGUUGAUGUCACGUUAAGCCUUCAGUAUUAUCAACUUUAGCAGUUAAUAGGACAUAUUUUGCAAUUGACUCCAGAUUAUAACAUGUUAUGAUAUUGAUUUUUGAUUGAUUCGAGUGGCUCACUGCCUUGCAUGUUUACAUUCUGCACAUAUGCCUCUGCAUAGAUGUUGGAAAAAUGCUGGAACUGUGCUGUAGAUGGAUGGAAGUGUUUACAAUAGUAAAAAUAUAUAGUAUUUUUGUAGUAGUUUUUCAUACCAUAUUUUUGGUAUGGUGAUUAGUAUACGUUGUCAUGUAUGGGCUGGGAAUGCUUGUGCUCCCUUUAAUAGUGAAGCUGCACUAUGAAACGACAUGGAAAGCAUAUAGGACCUAACUAAGGUAACGAACUAAACUUUUAUUUAUUGUGUGACUGUCAAUGUGUGUGCUCAGUUUCCAUGUUAUAGUCAUGCCAGACCCUUCCAGCUACACUGAGGCUUCCGUUUUGCGAUUAUUUUGUGUUUUCUAACACGCCAAUAGAUAUAAUUGAUGUAACGUUUUGAAUGCCAUAAAGGCCUGAAAUGUAGUUUGGAGUUUGGAUUUUUCAAUUCAUAUGUACAAAGACUUACAAUUUAUUGAGUUUUAUUUGUCAUUGUUGAAAGAUGUGUACUGGAAAAUAAACCUUGGCAUAAAAA